UGUAUCCUCUCCCUUUUGGACAUGAGCUACAUCACUACCACCAUGCCCCAGAUGUUGGUACAUCUUCUUGCUCAUUCUCAGACUAUCUCCUUUGCUGGCUGUUGGCUACAGAUGUAUAUGUUUUGUGCCCUGGGUUUGACUGAAUGCAUUUUAUUUGUAGUCAUGGCUUAUGACCGAUACAUAGCCAUCUGUCACCCACUGCAUUAUACUGUCAUCCUCAGCUGGGGUCUGUGUGUACGCCUGGCAGCUGGGGCCGGGGCCUGUGGUUUCUUCUUCUCUCUGAUCCAUACUUUCUUCACCAUGAGGCUGCCAUACUGUGGGCCCAACGUGGUCAACCACUACUUAUGUGAAGGCCCCUCGGUACGAAGCUUGGCUUGCAUGGAUACCCAUCUCAUUGAGAUGGUGGACCAGGUUAUAAGUGUGCUCAUAGUUGUUGCCCCACUUUCCCUCAUUUUUGCCUCUUACAUCCGCAUUGGCCAGGCCAUUCUCAAGAUUAAGUCCACACAAGGCCGCUGCAAGGCUUUCUCCACCUGUGCUUCCCACCUGACUGUGGUCACGCUCUCUUAUACUCCUGCCACAUACAUCUACAUGAGGCCCAACUCUAGCUCUUCCCCUGAGCAAAAUAAACAUAUAACACUCUUUUACAAUGUCUUCAAUGUCCUGCUCAACCCUUUGGUCUAUAGUCUGAGGAACAAGGACAUCAAAGUGGCUUUUUUCAAAGUGAUCGGGCAGGGUAGCAUGAACCUGUAA